AUGGCAUUGCAUCGGAUUGAGGCGCUGGUGAAGGAUUUAACGACGUGGGAGUCGGAUGAUGCGAUUGUUGUGACAGCGGAUGGGGCAGUGGAUAAAAGUAGGAAGCUUUGGCCGAAAACUACGCCGUGUGCGGUAGUGGAGAGGGCGAGUUGUCCGGAUCAAAGGGUUAUUAGGACGACGUUAGAGUUUGUGGCGUUAGCGGUUGAGACUGAGGGAAGUAGACCGCCUGGGCUGUUGGUGUUGGGGAAUGCGUGUGAAGCGUUGAUGAAGGGGGAUGUUGGGAGGAAAUGGGUUGUCGAAGAGGGGUUCAAAGGGUUCGAGGAAUUUGGCGUGGUGGGUGAGAAUAAGGAUCGGCCGGAAGGUAUUGUGAGGGGUGAUAGUUUCGGGAGGGAGUUGAAGGUUGAUCUGUAA